AUGGGCACAAUUUUGGAAUUGUCUGAACAAUACAAAACGCUUGAAGUUGAUCGAAAAUUGGGUGGAAGACUUGGUCAAAUUGAAGAUGUUGCUCUAUUUGAAGUUAGAGGCAAAGAUACACGCAUAGUGAAGGCUAAAGUAGAACUAAACGGUGAUAAAAGGGUGAGAGAUACACUAAAAUUGCUUGAUCCUAAUCAGAAAAUGUUGGAAAUUGGAGUACACUAUGAACGUAUAGGGAGUUUGGCAAUGGCAUGGAGGGAUGGUUGCACUGUUCAGAUUUUACAGCAUGGUAGAUUCUUCAUUGCGGCAUCAGUUCUGACAGCUGGUUCUAAUGAUCCCUAUGGUGUUUUAGGUGUUUAUCUCAGUUCAAAUGAUCAACAUAGAAUGGCUCGAUUUGUUGAAUUAACUUCAGUCACCCAACAGUUCGAUGGUAAUGUUGUGUUAAUAGGUGAUUUUAAUACCAUUUUUAAUCAAUUGGAGAAAGCAGGUGGAGGUGCUAAAUCUUCUUCUUCUAUUGAAACCUUUAACAGAUUUAUUGAUGAUAAUUUUCUGAUUGAUAUUAAUAUGGUUGGAAGACCAUUCACUUGGUCGAAUAGACGGAGUGAUGAUGAGUUGAUACAGGAAAGACUGGACCGAUUCCUGUAUGAAUUAGAGGAACUUCGUUUAGCAGGAAUUCAUGGAGGUGACAUCAUUUCAGAAAUAGAGGACAAACUUGAAAAAGCAUUGCAAAAUGAGGAAUCUUAUUGGAAAGAUAAGUCUAGAGUCAAAUGGCUCAAAUCUGGCGAUCAGAAUACAACUUUCUUCCAUCAGAAAUUUAGAAAUCGAACUCGAAGGAAUAAAAUUUGGCAACUAACUGGCAGUGAUGGUGAAGUGGCUACUUCAAAUGCUGGUAUUACUUCUGUGGCUGAAUCUUAUUUUAAGAACAUCUUUUCCUCCACUUUUCAUGAGAACCCUAAACCUCUGUUUACUUAUUUUGAACCUAAGGUUACAUCUCAUAUGAACCGUAGGCUUCAAAGACCAGUGACUAUGGAGGAAGUGAAACGUGCAACAUUUAGCAUUCAUCCUCAAAGUGCUCCAGGAGAUGAUGGUAUAAUAGCAAAAUUUUUUCAAAGCUUUUGGAACAUAUUCAGCGGUGAUGUGUUCCGAGCAGUUAAGAGCUUCUUUUCAGGGGGCAAAAAUUUUGAAGGGUUUUAA